CCUUCAUCCUCUUCACAUCCCCUUCCCAGAUGAAGUCGCAUGGAGGUGAACAAAACUUCGGUGCGAUGGCGUGUCUGAGAGCCAGGGAAUAUCGUCGUUUGACUCGGAAAACUUGGAAAUGAACUGAAUGUAAAAGCCUUCGCCCGGGGAGAGUUGGAAACGCGGUUCUGCUGGAGCGAGGUGUCUUGCCAAUUAUAUUGGCACCAUGAAUGCCAUCGUCGCUCUCUGUCAUUUCUGUGAGCUCCACGGGCCCCGCACCCUCUUUUGCACAGAGGUUCUACAUUCACCCCUUCCUCAGGGGGCGGGGAGCGGAGACAGCCCAGGGCAAGGUGAACAGGCAGAGGAGGAGGAGGGCGGCAUUCAGAUGAGCAGUAGGAUUCGUUCUCACAGCCCAGCGGAAGGUGCCAGUGCUGAAUCCAGCAGCCCCGGGCCCAAGAAAUCGGACAUGUGUGAGGGCUGCCGGUCUCUUGCAGCUGGACAUCCAGGGUACAUCAGCCACGACAAAGAGACGUCCAUUAAAUACGUUAGCCACCAGCAUCCAAACCAUCCCCAGCUCUUCAGCAUCGUCCGUCAGGCCUGCGUUCGCAGCUUGAGUUGUGAGGUGUGUCCCGGACGGGAAGGGCCCAUCUUCUUCGGGGAUGAGCAGCACGGCUUUGUGUUCAGCCACACCUUCUUCAUCAAAGACAGCCUGGCCCGAGGCUUCCAGCGCUGGUACAGCAUUAUCGCUAUCAUGAUGGACCGGAUUUAUCUCAUUAACUCGUGGCCCUUCUUGCUGGGGAAAAUUCGGGGAAUCAUCGACGAACUUCAGGGCAAAGCCCUCAAGGUUUUUGAAGCGGAGCAGUACGGCUGUCCCCAGCGUGCCCAGCGGAUGAACACAGCGUUCACGCCGUUCCUCCACCAGAGGAACGGCAACGCCGCCCGCUCCUUGACGUCUUUGACUAGCGAUGAAAAUUUGUGGGCGUGCCUACACACCUCCUUCGCUUGGCUCCUGAAGGCUUGUGGCAGUCGACUGACGGAGAAGCUCCUAGAGGGUGCGCCCACUGAAGACACCCUGGUUCAGAUGGAAAAACUGGCAGAUUUGGAAGAAGAGUCAGAAAGCUGGGACAACUCGGAGGGUGAGGAAGAAGAGAAAGCCCCUGCCCUGCCCGAAGUCCCGGAAGGGCGGGAAUUAUCCAAAUGCCCAAAUGAUUCGUCCCUGCUCUCAGACUGUGGUGCCUGGCAACCCCGCAAACUGACUGUCUUCAAGUCCCUCCGGCACAUGAGACAGGUCCUAGGAGCUUCUUCCUUCCGAAUGUUGGCCUGGCACGUCCUUAUGGGGAACCAGGUCAUCUGGAAAGGUCGGGACAUGGAUCUUGUCCAGUCAGCGUUCGACGUUCUACGGACCAUGCUGCCGGUGGGGUGUGUUCGGAUUAUCCCGUACAGCGACCAGUAUGAGGAGGCCUACCGCUGCAACUUCCUCGGACUCAGUCCGCAGGUCCAGAUCCCACCGCACAUCCAGUCAUCAGAAUUCGCUGUCAUCGUGGAGGUCUGCGUGGCCACCCGUCCAAGCCUCUACCCGCUUGUGUUCGACGAAGAUCAGUCGCUCAGUAAAUACGAGUUUGUGGUCACCAGUGGGAGCCCCGUGGCCGCCGAUCGAGUUGGGCCAACUAUCUUGAAUAAGGUCGAAGCCGCCCUGACCAACCAGAACCUCUCCGUGGAUGUGGUGGAUCAGUGCCUGGUCUGUCUCAAAGAAGAGUGGAUGAACAAAGUGAAGGUCCUCUUCAAGUUCACCAAGGUGGACAGCCGACCCAAGGAGGACACCCAGAAACUGUUGAGCAUCCUGGGAGCAGCCGAGGAGGACAACGUCAAGCUCCUGAAGUUCUGGAUGACUGGCUUGAGCAAGACGUACAAAUCUCACCUAAUGUCCACUGUCCGCAGCCCCACGUCCUCAGAGUCUCGGAAUUGAUCGUGAGGGGAUUUAGCCGAGUAGGGACGACGGGUUCCGCAUGCUAUUGAGCUCACCGACGGUCAUUCGUGCGAAACCCCAAACACACCCGCCCCCAGACUCAGUCUGGAUCCGUUUUAAAAUCUUUGAAUUGUUGGAAAACCUGACCGGUUCCACAGGACUGCACUCUUCAGGCCGAUCUGUUCUCUGAAAGCUAAAAAGUUUUUUCAACGGAGUUCUACAAACUGUCUUCAUCUUUGCAUUGAAAGUAGAAUAUUCUGAGCGCGUCCCUUGCGUUAGCCGCAGGAAAGUGUAAAGAGCUCGUCACUAAUAUAAGAAUCAAUCAAUCAGUGCUCUGCACACAGUGAGCACUCAAUAAAUACGAUUGAUUGA